ACCCAUACAAGGACCCAGAGGGAGAUCUUUUGCAGUCCACUGACUGCCAGUGGAGGAGAGGAGCGGGAUGAAUGCGUGAUCGGCUGUUGCUACCCGAGUGAUCCCUUCUGUGUUGAGCUCAUAUGAUCUCCGUGAUAGAGAUCCCACAGAUCCGGUUAAGAAAAUAUAGCCUGGUCUCUCCCUGCCCCCAGCCUGUGAAUGGACAGCAAAGGACAAAGCGACUUUGCUUCCCAAUAGAGCCCUAUUGGGCAGAGCCAGGGCCAUCGAGUAUGAGGGAGAACAUGGCCAGUGCUUGGACCUGAGCAGCCAAAAGCUAGGGGGGCGCAACAAUGUCUUCCAACUGGAAAUUUGAUGGCCGAGCGGGACUUUAAUCAUAUGACAUCCUCCUGGACUGCGUGCGGCAGGCUACAAGUGACAAGCUGCAUCCAGUGAAAGGCUUUAUAAUGGCAAGUGACAAGCUGCAUCCAGUGAAAGGCUUUAUAAAGUAUAUGUUCCUGAUCAAAAACAAAGCAAAGGAAACGAUGAACCGGACAAGUUGGAACUAUUUCAUCAUUCAAGGUAUUUCUGAUGUGCCAGAACACCAAAUUGUCACCUUUGUUUUUAUUCUUCUGACUUAUCUCCUUGCUCUUUGUGGAAACCUGGUCAUUCUUCUCUUGGUGUACACCAACCCUCAUCUUCACACUCCCAUGUACAUUUUCCUUUGUAACUUGGCUAUCUUGGAUGUGUCAUGUUCUACAGUUACGCAGCAUAAUCUUCUUGCCAUGUUUGUAACAGGGAAUAAAAAGAUUUAUUUUUAUUCUUGUAUGUCUCAGAUUUACUUCUUUUCAUCACUCACUGCUACCGAGCUGUUCCUACUGACAGUGAUGAGUUAUGAUCGAUAUAUAGCCAUCUGCCAACCCUUACAUUAUGUGACGGUCAUGAACUCUGAAAGUUGUUCCGCAUUGUUCUUGGUGAGCUGGCUGAUGGGAUUUAUUGCAAUUGUACCAUACAUUGUGCUGUUGUUACAGAUUUCUUGCUAUAAGAGCAAUGUUAUCAAUCACUUCUUCUGCGAUAUGAAACCAGUUAUGGAACUAUCCUGCGGUGACACAUUUGGACUGGAAGUCUUGAUUUUCACAGAAGGUAUAUUCCUUUUAAGCCUAACCCCAUUUGUUCUUACCUUCAUCUCUUAUGUUUUCAUUAUUGUUAUUAUAAUGAGAAUCCCUACCAUCUCGGGUAGAUGUAAAGCAUUCUACACUUGCUCGUCACACCUGAUGGUGGUCAUUCUUCUUUACGGGACCCUUUUCUACCAAUACCUGAGACCAGCUUCAAGUGACAAUAUAAAAUCCAAUAAAGUGUUCUCGCUUUUUAACACAGCUAUAGUUCCUGUAUUAAACCCCAUUAUAUACAGCCUAAAGAAUGAAGAUGUAAAAUUAGCCAUAAAAGGAACAAUGACAUGUUUUAAGACAAGAGUAAUGUGACAGACUCACCCGGGACAUCCCCGGACCCUCUUAUGUCUAAA